GGGGACAGGUGGUUAACUGAUUGUUCGUCCUCUGGCCGAGUGGACCAUAGCUUGCUAAUUGAACACAGACGCUCUCAGAACCCAAAUCCCGACGUUGGUUUUGAAUAAAUGUAUUUUCUUUUAAUUGAAUGUAUGUUUGCACUUUGUUCGUUCCUCAGCUGCGAGUCUGCACCAACCAAAACACUGUCUUUGGUUAUCAACAUGAAUACUUGAAAGGAACAUAAAAUUAUCUGUCACUAGAAAAACAUGAACUUUCAGACGUACUUAAAGUUCUGUGAGGUCACAAAACCCUGCUUACUCUUUCCCUCCCAGGCUUCCAGACUUUUUGUUCUUAGCGUUUACAUGUGGACGGGAUUAAAAAAAUGAAAAUGGAAAAUCUCAAAAACACUCUUAAACCCACCGUCACAGAGUUACACCUGUGUGAGAGCAGUGGGGUCAGGGGGUCUUCUUCUGUAACAGCAGCAGUACUGACAACUCUGUGUGUGUCUCAGCUCAGCGUGCAUCGGGGUCAGCUGCAGGCCGCCUCGGGGUUCCUCCAUCAGGCCGUUGUUCUCGCUCAUCAGACGCACAACAACCAGGCCAUCAUCUACACCUACAGCCUGAUGGCGAACCUGGCCUACGUGCAGGGUCAGCUGGACAGCGCUGAGAAACUCUUCAAAGCGGCGAUGAGCUUCAUGCUGGCGGGAGGAACUCCGCAGGACGACAAUGCCGUCAUCGAGAUGUCGCUGAAGCUGGCCACCAUCUACGCCGAGCAGAACAAGGCGGAGCUUGCAGAGCACGGUUUCAGGUUCUGUAUGGAGUCUCUGGAGGUGAAACUGGAGAAGCAUAAAGAGCUCCUGGGAGAGGAGCCCACAGAGGAGCAGGAGGCUCUUAGGAAGGAGACCCGCCUCCUGCUCGGGCUGUGUUUGGACUCACGGGCUCGGUACCGAGCGUCCACGCUGCACCUGAAACAGGCUGGACAGGAUUACCAGGACGCCCUGAACAUCUGCUGCCAGGAGCAGGGAGAGACACACCCACAGACCCUUGUGCUGAUGAGCGACCUGGCCACCAUCUUGGAUCUGCAGGGUCACCAUGACGAUGCCCUGGCACUGGUCCGGCGGGCGGUGGAACUGAGCCGCUCAGCCGGACACCCGGACCUCCACGUGCUGCUGGGAAACAUGGCGGGCAUCCUGCUGCACACAGGCCGGCUGGAUGACUCACUGCGGUUCUACCAGGAGGCUCUGGGUCUGGCCCGGCAGGCCGCAGACCAGGAGGCUGUGGACAGGAUCCAGGAGGGACUGAAGGAGGUAAAGGAGAGGAGGAGGCAGGAGGAGGAAGAGGCAGCUGCAACCGCUCAGUGACCCAGGCUCAUCAGAACCGCGCCUCCUCCUUCGACUCCACUUCUUCUUCUGUGGUGUUUGCCCUCUCAUUGGUAGCUCCGAGGACCCGCUCUGUGUUCUGCUGCUCCGCUGAGAAACACCCAAAACCAGCCGGGACUGAAAUCUGCUCCAGAACCAAUCAGAACCAGGACAAAGGUCCAGACCCUGAACACGCCCACCCCUCCCCCAUCAGUGCUGAAGCUGCAGCUCACCUGUGAGCUCACCUGUCAGCAGGAGACAUAAAUAUUUAUGAAGCUGCAAA